UGGCGACGUGAGAUACCGCGGCGGACACGGCCUAGAGUCGGUUUAUUUUCUAUUACGUGUAUACGCCACUGUAUAUCUAUGCGAAAUAAUAAAUAAAUUUCGAGUUUGUCGUUCGAUUUAAAUUGAAAAUAUUGGGAAAAAAGACCAUACGUUUGUAGUAUUUACUGGUGAAAUUGAGUUCAUAUCCUGUGUACUUGUCUAAAAAAAAAAAAAAUGAUCUCCACAAUGCCAUGAAUAACGAGAUCGGCGUUACAGCAGUUAACCUCAAAAUUUUGUUCUGAAGAUACGGGCGAUACGAUCCAAACUAUACCUAAUAUUUUUUUCCUCUUCAUGCGUCAUCUUUCAGUGCAAAUAAGUUUCAGUUCUAGCGUGAAUUUAUCAAUGUGAAAAGUGUUUUUGUUUUACUUUUCUUUAUAUUUCUGAACAAUGUAAUUGAGUUUUCCGCCACGUUCCACCGCUUCGAGCAAAUAUCAAACUCGCAAAAAAAACCACCGCCCUUGCGUCGCGUUUUUAUUUUUGCCAAGAACCCAGACUAUAAUGUUUUUCCAGUGAGAAAAUAAAUUUCGGACUUUGUUCCAUCUUGGUAGACCAUGAAAAUUGCAACACAUUUUUACAACCGAAACGCCCGAGUUACGGUUCGAUUUGUUUAAUACUCAACACAGAUGCAAAAAUGCCUCCAAUGAAAAAGACGGAUCUUGAAAAACUGGCCUGGGCCUGGGUCGAGACUGUUGACCCUGAAGAGCUUCAACAGUCUCAUCUCGAGACCGCAUAUCGCAUAGGAUUAAAAAACUGCAAAAAUUGCAAGCGCAAUUGUAGCAAUAAUCCCAUGUGUCUGACUGGUUUUGGAGAAGACAAAUACAUAAAAUCACAUCCUGCCGAAGUUGCAUCCCUCGAAAGCUCGCUUUCAGAACUGCGGGAUCCAACGCAGUAUGUAGGAUUGAAAAAUCUUGGUGCUACUUGUUAUGUUAACAGUCUCAUUCAAGUAUGGUUCCACAAUGAGGAUAUGAGGCGUAUUAUUUAUAAAUGGGAUAUUUCGGAAGAUGCCGAAGAGAGCGAAGCUCACAAGCGCUCUGAAAAGACAGGGCAACCUUAUUUACCUGUUAGUGCUGUUGGCCAAUUGCAAUAUAUAUUUGCAAUGAUGCAAUUCGGCAAUCGACAACUUUUGGACCCAACUAAUCUUGCUAUUGCUCUUUCUCUCGAUACGAGAACGCAGCAGGAUGCUCAAGAAUUUUCAAAACUCUUGUUGUGUCACAUCGAGGGCAAGUUACAGCAAAAUAUGUCUCUUAAAACAAAGCUUCAACGUUUGACGCAAGGCAAAUAUAGCUACGUUAAUUGUUGUUCAACUUGUGGGACAGAGUAUCCAACUUCAACAACAUUCUACGAAUUAGAUCUUCAGCUAGCUCCAACUUUAAAAGAAGCAAUAGAAAAGUAUCUGUCCGAGGAGGAGCUUGUCGGUGCGAAUCAGUAUCAUUGCACAACGUGCAAUGACAAAAAAGACGCUAGACGUUUUAUAAGACUCGACGAAUUACCCGAAACUCUAAAUAUUCAAUUAUUACGCUUCGUGUUCCAUCGAGACUCCGGCCAAAAACGAAAGCUCAACUCGUUCAUACAAUUUCCGGAGGAUCUUGACAUGUCCGAACAUCUACGAUGUCCACAGCAGACUCACCUGUACAGCCUUGUCGCAGUCCUCUCUCACAAAGGACCCUCCGCACACUCCGGUCAUUACAUCGCCAACAUUUGCAAUUCUGGCGGAGAUUGGUAUCAAUUCAGUGAUGAUAAGGUGGAGAAGAUGCAGAAUAAACGUAUCGAGGACGGCAUUACUGACACAACGACGAAAGUAGUGAAGAGAGGAAGAGUGCCCAAAGGAUUUUUGUCUUCGAACACAGCGUACAUGCUCGUAUAUAAGAGACUAAUCGUGGACGGAAAGCAAGGGACAGCGGGAAAGCGUGGUAAAGUAAAAAAACCGGCAGAAACGGAGUCUUCGAACAAUACGUCACAGCUGGAAAAAUUAACGGUUACCGAGCUCGCUGGGGAUGGGCAAAUAACGGAGGAUGGAAAACGGAAAAAUUGCGCCGACAUUUCUAGCUUGAUGAGCGUGGGAAAUUCUUCCUCCAGUCCAAACAAAACAAAAGUCGAUUCGUCUCGUACUAACGCGGUUAAAAAAAAGAAACUCGACGAUGAUGGUGAGAUGAUGGACGUCGACAAACCCGAGACGAAACCGCUACUGUCGCCUGAACAGAAGAAUUUAAUAAACGGUAUUAUCGGUUGUAACUCGAUCGAAUCUCACGAGCUUGAACCAAAAAACGUCAAAGUUGAGACGAUCGUCCAAGAAGCAGUGACAAAAAAUGCCAAAAUCGAAUAUGGACUGCUGAAUGGCGAUGCUCAUAGAAAUAUGAGCUGCGGUGAACGAGAUCAUUACGAAGAUUUGGAGUUUGAAAAAUGGGGUCUGAGUGAAACACUUCGAGAACUCGUGCGCGAAGAGAAUGUUAAACAUGAAUUAAGUCUUUUGGCGGUUCAGCAAGAAAAGCAAAAAGAAAUUGAGGAUCAAAACGAGAAACGCCAGUUGGUGAUUGAUUUUUAUGGAAUAAUUGGAAAUGUAGAAACAGAAUGGAAAAUUUAUCAGUGGAUACCGAAUGAUUGGCUGGUCAAAUGGUUGAACAAUCAUUUGAACUCGGAGGUGGCACCGAUCGACAAUUCGACGCUGAUGUGUCCGCAUUAUCGUCUUGAUCCAUUGAAAGUUAAUCGAGCCAAAUGCAUUCCACCAUUGGCCGCUGAUUUAAUUUAUGAAAGAUAUCGUGGUGGUCCGAGACUCGACGAGAAUUCAUUGUGUGAUACCUGUGUCAAAAAACGCUGUAAAAUGUUGCGCUUCAAAUCUGGCCUGGAACGCGAUCACAAGGAAGUCAGCGAAAUAAUGCGAAACUUCAAAGAACCAAUGGAGGACAGUUACAUCGUUGGAGCCGAAUCACUAAAAUCCUGGCGUCGUUUGGUUAUGGAAAAUUUCAUCGAAUUGAUGGAGCACGAAAUCGAAGAUCCGAGUGCAAACGAUUCGGCGCCAGAGGAUGCAAAAUCAUCGUCUUCGAAGGACCAUCCACUGGAGGAAAGUGGUACGAGGGACCCGGAGGAAUCUGAGGAGAACGAGGCGGUGAUUAAUUUCAACGAGGAUCUAUUGUGCGAGCACGGUGCCCUCAAAACACCGGAUUCGAGUAGAAAAAUAGUGCCGGCAGUCGCUUGGUCGAUAUUGAAAAAAUAUUUUCCCGAAUCCAAGGAAUAUCCACUUUCCACUAAUUCGUGUAUUAUAUGUGAGGCUAAAAUGCAAAGUGCCCAGCGAGCCAAAGAGGACGACAAGAUCAAAGCUAAACUUCAAAAGGACGGACUCGGUGAUUUGUAUUACGGGAAACACCGCAACGAGAUUAUGAAGUCCAACGAUCCCGAAAAGACUUAUUACAUCGUGGAAAAAGGCUUCAUUGACAGCUGGCGAUCGUUCAUUCGAUAUGCUGAGAACUGUGGAAAAACGCCACCCUCGAGCAUACAAAAUAGUCAAUUGCUGUGCGAAGGACACAACGGAUUUUUGUACCGUCCCAAUGCUGCGAGCGAGCUAUAUACGAUAGUUACGGCGGAGGAGUGGAGAAAAUUGUUGGAAUUUUACGAAGCGGAUCACUCAAUCACGAUAAGAAACACAGGAGUGAAAGACAACGAGCUCGUCACCGAUCCCGGGCCCUGUGCAGUCUGCAUGCUGGCGAGGGUCGAGCAGGAGAGGCUCGACAGUCUGAAAUACGAGAAAGCAUCGAUUUAUAUCAAAUGUAUAGACGACGGUGAUGAGGCCAAAUCAGACAACGACAACAAGAUAUCAGCGAAAAGGCCAAAAAUCGAAACCUCGAGGCCAUCGAGAACCCGACGGAAAGUCAAGGGUUCGCACGAGCUUAAAGUAUCUUCGGACAUCACCCUCAAAGAGCUCAAAGUGAUGACGAUACCACUGUGUGGGGCUGGCCCCUACGAUCAACACUUGAUGCUCGGAGAACACGAGCUAACCGAUCACAGUCAAAGUUUAGCUUCCCUCGGCAUUUUCCCUGGUGCCCUCCUCACUCUCAAGAUUGACACUCCGAUCGACAGCGAAGCCGACGUCGAAUCCGAGGCGACUAGUCUCGACUCUGCUACCUCCCCUGAGAAGGGCUUCAAGGGUACGGAACUAGUGCCGAGCGGCUCGGGUUGAUAAGAGCCAGUCGUCACCCAAUUGAACCCGACCAUGAGAAUAAAUCGAAUAAAUCGAAUGAUACUAGCCAAUUGAAUGUUUACACACCACACAAAUAUGGAAUAACGAUUUAUAGUAAAGUAUUUUUAUAUACACACAACCAGGCAUAUACGAAAAUACAGUGACGAACAUGAAGACGAUUCAGAAAAAAGAAAAAGAAAAAAAACGUUUUAAGUUACAUAUUAACUGGCCAAAAUGAGCGACAUUUUUUUAGUUAUUUCGACACAUUUCCCAGAACCACUUGGUGGGAAAGGAACGCGUGAAAGAGACGAACAGAGAGAUUAUAUCGCCUAUAUUGUGUACAUACAUAAAUACCUACGCGUACUCUGUGCAAAUACAUAUACGUAUUUAUGUAUGUAUCGAUAUAUUUCUAGUAUGUUAAAAAGUUAUUGAAUAGGUAUAAAAAUGAAUCACGUAUAGAAAGAGGGAGAGAAAGGCGAACAAUUUCUUUCCUGAGCAAAUGAAAAGUUUGCCAAAAAGUUAAAAGUAACAGACAAAAAAUAAAGGAAGUUUUCUUACUAUUGCA